GCAAGAGAGGAAGCACAAUAAGAAGAUAGAGAUAAAUAGACCCAUGACUUCCAUCUUCUAAGGCUUUUAACUCAUCCACCAACAUGAGGGCUCUGCCCCCCUUUGUAAUCAUGAGUCCACCUGCCAUCAUUACCAUGGAAAAAACUAGUCUCUACCUCUUUCUAAAUUGCAUGUAUACCCACCAGUAUAUGUACGCUAGAUCACUUAUUAAUAUGAGAUAGCAGAGAUAGCAAUCCACUACUCUCGUCUCUCAACUUCAACUCAUUCAUUUCAAGAACUCACUUCCUAUUUCCUCCUCCUACUCUUUAACUAUUCUUCAUCUUUCAAAGGAAACCAUAGAAGAAUGUGUAUGAGCACUGCAGAGUGGAUCCCAUCUCGACCUCGAACCAAGAGAUCUAAGGUUCAAGUUCACAGGCUUACCAGCAGGAGGAGAAGAUGUGAAGUACAGGUUGAGAAGGAUAUGGAACUGAAGAACUUGAAGCUGUAUUUGGAGAAUAGGAAUAUCAUGGAAGAGAAUGAGAAACUGAGGAAGAAGGCUACCCUUCUCCACCAAGAGAAUCUAGCUUUGAUGUCUGAGUUUCAGACCAAAUUCCCUCAUUUCAACCGCUUCUCCACCACCCUCUUUCUUGUUCUUCACAAACAGUGACAUAAAAGAGAAGAAAACCAACCCUCCCUUUAAAUCUCUCCCCCUAGGAUCAUAUGUUACUCUUUAUCUUCCAUGAUAAAUGAUAAAAUUUUCAUCUUAUGAUUAACUAUAUUUUCAUUAGUCCUUGUAUUCCUCGCUAGAGUUCUUGAUUUCAGACAGUUGAAAUGAAGUUUGUUUUAAUUCUA